CAAAUUUAGAAGGAAGGCAUCAUUUCAUGGAGUCUGUGAAGAGUGGACAUCAUGCCUCGUGUAUAUAAGCGCAAAACAAGCAGGGGAGCCGCCGCUGAUGUUCUUGAAAGAGCCACCAGUGAAGUGAGAGAAGGGAAGUCUGUUCGAGCAGCAGCAAAGGAUGCCAGAAUAGACAGAAUGACACUGAAGAGGUUCAUUGACCAAAAAGAAAAUGUACCUUUGAAGAAGACAGGCUAUGACGGAGUAACAGAGGCUAAAAGGAUCCUCUCCGAUGGCAUGGAGUCCGAACUCGCCAAACAUAUUAAGAACCUCGCAGACCAGUUUCAUGGGCUCACUACCCUCAAAUGCAGAGAACUCGCCUACGAGUUUGCAAAGCGAAACAACAUCCCUGUGCCGGACAGCUGGUCAAGAGAAGAACGAGCAGGAGUGGAUUGGCUUGAGUUGUUCAAAAACCGACAACAUCUAUCAUGCCGGACACCAGAGGCCACAACACAACAACACAAUGUCACUGUGUUCUUUGAUCAGCUGGCGUCACUGAUGGAAAGAUACAAGUUCCCUCCGAACAGGAUCUACAAGAUGGAUGAGACCGGCGUAACAACUGUACAGAAGCCAAAGCACAUUGUGACACAGACGGGGAAAAAGCAGGUUGGCGCAGUCACAUGUGGUGAAAGAGGAGAGCUUGUAACGGUAGUGAGUGCUGUCAAUGCUACAGGGAACACAAUCCCCCCCAUGUUCAUAUUCCCGGGUGUCGAAUACCACGAGCACUUUAUCAGAGGAGCACCGACUGGAUCGAUCGGGACCGCAACAAAAUCUGGUCGGGUAAAUGAGGAGGUGUUUUGCGUGUACCUGGAGCGAGUUAUCCAACAGACGGACUGCUCCAAGGAUCGUCCACUGCUACUGAUCCUUGACAACCGUUCGGCACACGUCUCCCUGAAGUCUGUGGAGAUGGCGAGGGACAACGGGAUCGUGAUGCUCACUUUACCACCCCGUACAUCCCAUAAAAUGCAGCCCUUGGAUGUAUCGCUCUAUGGGCCAUUCAAGACAUAUUACAACAAGGCCAUGGACGGUUGGAUGCGAACCCACCACGGACAAACUGCUUCCAUUUAUGCCAUCCCAGAGAUUGUGCAUGAGACCUUCCUGUCAGCAAGGACACCAAGAAACAUCCUGUCAGGAUUCAGGUCCGCUGGUAUCUUUCCUUUCAACCGGGAUAUCUUCCCACAGGGAGCCUAUGCACCAUCCACAGUCACAGACGGAUCCAACCCUGACGAGCCGUCUACCUCAGCUGACCUAUCAGCACCAGCACCCAGUGUCACAGGACCUGAGUCAACACUGCUUUCUGAUAGUGCUCCAGUAUCUCCAGUAGAAAUAAUGCCAUUCCCCAAAGGGGACGGCAACAAAGCCUCAAAGAAAACAUACAAAGGUGACGACACGAAUCUUGACUGACACACCUGAGAAGUUGUUGAAAAAGAAAAGAAGAAGUCUGGAGAACUUCUCAAGAAACACGGUGCAAAAAAACCCAAAACAACAACAACAGCCCGUCACAGAAAGCAGCUCAGAGAGUGACAGCGUGAUUCCACUCGACACAGACUGGGAGAGGCUUGUUGGAGAAGAUUGAAGGCAAAGCUGGAUAUGGUAAACCCACCGUUACUUUCAAAGAGAAAGAUGAAGGAUUCUUCCCAAAAUGCUCCUCAAACCUCACAGAGUUGUUGGCACAGCAAGGAGGUCCCAGCGGUUCGUAUUCCUCUGCAACCUCGACAGGUGGAUUAUUGAGUAAGGGCAGAGGUGGGAGAUGGAGGGAUGGAGGGAGGG